AUGGAUGGCGCGUUACACAGGGCGGUGGUGGACAAGAAGCCUGUCCCGGAGAUAGAUUUCACCCUGCAUAUCAUGGAGGAUGGCUCUCAAGUGAGCACCCAGGAGCGAGUAUGCAAAGAUGUUCAGGCCCCUGCCAUGCAACCUCCUACAAAUGAACAAUUCUGGUCAUCAGUGGACCGGUCCAAACCGAACCUAUCCUUCUUGAAACAACAUUUCUAUAGGGAGGGUCGUUUAACUGAGGAGCAAGCACUAUGGAUUAUCCACGAGGGCACCAAAAUCCUGAAGGCGGAGCCCAACCUGUUGGAAAUGGACGCCCCGAUUACGGUUUGCGGUGACGUUCAUGGACAAUACUUCGACUUGAUGAAGCUGUUUGAGGUGGGCGGAGACCCUGCUGAGACCAGAUAUCUGUUCUUGGGUGAUUAUGUGGACCGAGGAUACUUCAGCAUCGAGUGCGUUCUGUACCUAUGGUCCCUCAAGAUAUGGUAUCCCAACACCUUGUGGCUUCUUCGUGGGAAUCAUGAGUGUCGGCACCUGACAGACUAUUUCACAUUCAAGCUCGAGUGCAAGCACAAAUACUCGGAAAAGAUCUACGAUGCGUGCAUGGAGUCUUUCUGCGCGUUGCCUUUGGCCGCCGUUAUGAACAAGCAAUUCUUGUGCAUACAUGGUGGUCUAAGUCCGGAGCUGCACACUCUGGAGGACAUCAAAAUUAUUGACCGCUUCCGCGAGCCUCCCACCCACGGCCUCAUGUGCGAUAUUCUCUGGGCAGAUCCUCUGGAGGAAUUCGGCCAGGAAAAGACGGGCGAGUACUUCGUGCACAACCAUGUGAGAGGCUGCUCAUACUUCUUCUCGUACCCUGCCGCCUGCAAUUUCCUAGAGAAGAACAACCUACUCUCCAUCAUCCGCGCACACGAGGCGCAAGAUGCCGGCUACCGCAUGUAUCGUAAGACCCGCACUACAGGCUUCCCCAGCGUCAUGACCAUAUUCAGCGCACCGAAUUACCUCGAUGUUUACAACAACAAGGCCGCCGUCCUUAAGUACGAGAACAAUGUUAUGAACAUCCGACAAUUCAAUUGUACCCCUCAUCCAUAUUGGCUGCCGAAUUUCAUGGAUGUCUUCACCUGGUCUUUGCCUUUCGUCGGCGAGAAGAUCACAGACAUGCUCAUUGCCAUUCUCAACACCUGCUCCAAAGAAGAAUUGGAGGAUGACACCACGAGCUCCAACAUGGGCCCCGAAACUCCUCCGUUUGGGGCAGAUCCGGAAUCCACAGAAGCCAAAAGACGAGCGAUCAAGAACAAGAUCCUUGCUAUUGGCCGUCUGUCGAGAGUGUUCCAGGUCUUGCGUGAGGAAUCCGAACGUGUGACUGAGCUGAAGACGCAGGCUGGUGGCCGCUUGCCGGCGGGUACGCUCAUGCUGGGCGCAGAAGGUAUCAAGCAGGCCAUCCACAACUUCGAGGACGCGCGUAAAGUCGACCUUCAGAAUGAACGUCUGCCGCCAUCGCCUGAGGAGAUCGAGAAGCGGAGUGCCGAGGACAGGCGCGCUGCGUUGGAAAGAGCUGCUACCGAAGCAGAGAACGACGCCAAUCUGCAGGGCGUCGCCAGAAGGAUUAGCUUGUGA